GCUGUUCUUGUUGUGCUGUGCUGUGCUGUGCAGAGGGCCGCAAUUCUUAUCAAUGACAAUGACGUAGAUGGUGUGCAGAGCACAUUGAGCCGCUGCCUUUGGGCUGCAAAGCGAAUUUGGGGCGAUUGAACAUUAAAAACUGUUGCACUACAGCAGCAAGCAGACAGUUCAUUCAGAACAGUCACAGCACGCGGACAAGCAGCCAACACUGAACUCUGAACCCGAACGCCGAAAAGCCAAGGAGCAUCUGAAGAGCCAUUCAGCAGGCAGGCAACCAUAUACAACUACAAAGGGUCAACCAGAGCAGGCCCAUCUAAUUGGGACACCGAACAAAAGUCUUUCGCUUGUUUACCAAGUUUCCUUAGUGCUGUGUGUGUGUGUUAGUUUUUGUUUUUACCACGAAAUGCAAUUGUCUUUGGGAGCAUCCGGUAAUGGCCAGAGCCUGAUGUGGGCGCUGCUCUUGCUGUUCGUCGGAUUGGCGGCAGCGGUGCCAGCAUCUGUUCUAGCCCAGAACACGGAGCUAUCCACCAAUGCGAACAACAAGCUGCAACAACAACAGCAGCAGCAGCAGCAACAGCAACAGCAGCUGCGGGAACUACCGGCAGUGAAACGCGCCGAGGAUGGGGCAAAUAGUGCCACGGUGCCACCGGCCGAUAAGAAGUCAAGUCCGGAAAUUGUGCCCGCAACCUUUAGCAAUGCUCCCGCCCGUAAUGGCCCCAUCGAACAGCAACAGCAACAGCAGCAGCAACAGCUACAGCAACCGCAGGCUGGUCUCUAUGCGCUGCCCAGCAACGAUGAGAUCCUGGCCGCGGUGGCAGCUGCCGCUCAAAGCAGCCAACAGCAGCUGCAAAGCGACCCAACCGCCUUGGAGGAGGCGGUGGCCAGCUCCACGAUGCGCAAGCGUGGCAUUAACUACGAAUACAAUCCGUACAUGAGUGUGGCCAACAACGACUAUGGCAGCGAUGUGCCCGCCGGUGUCUGGGCCGACGAUUAUGAGCCCAAUGCGCCCAUCAGCUACAAUGGCUACAACAGCUACAACAAUGAGCGAGAGCUGCAGGAACUGGAGGACUAUGCGCCGGACCGACAUGCUAAUACGCCCACUGGCCGCAACAAGGCUUACGAUAAUCUGCAGAAUCUGCUCAACGCCGAGGCCUACUUAGAGAGCAUUCCUUUGUCUGUGCCAUUAACCUAUGCCAAUCGCAAUUACAAUUUGGAUGAGCGCAACAAGCGUGGGCUCUACUACGACUUGGCUGCAGCUAAUGCUCCCAGCGAGAAUCUCAAUCUGAACAAGUAUCGUCGUUAUGGUGAUAUGCGCCUAAAACGUGACACCACCAAACUGACACCCGCUGAUAUGCUGGCACUGGUUGCUUUAGUCGAAGCCGGUGAGCGGGCACGCAAGGAGAGCGAUAUGGAUAGCGGCAUCUCGCUGCCAUUGGUGGAUGCUGAGGAAUUGGACUAUGUGCCAGCAGCUGGCAGCUGGCUGGAUGCGCCCAUGCAACCGCAUCAGCAGCAACAGCAGGCGCCCGCUCUCGUUGACUACUAUGGCAUGCCAGUGGAGGCGCAGGUGGUGCCAAAGUAUGAAUAUGUGCCACGCCCACAGAAAUAUCUGGGCAGCAAUGGUCGUCUGGGAUCCUCGAAGCGUUUCAUGGUGGCCAAGAAGAAGCGUUCGAUUAACCAGAACCAGUUCAUGAACGAACCGGUAGGCGAGCGUGGACCCAGCUACUAUGGCGAGAAGUUCUACUAAAAUGGAGAGCAAAGUAGACAAAUAUAGAUAGAGCGGAGAGAAUGAGAGAGAAAAUAAAAGCUUUUAAGCUGAGCUUUCCCGAUUUAUUGGUAAUCACAUUUACAAAAAGAUUAAAACAAAAAACCAAAACAAAAUAAACCCCAAUCAUUUGACCUUUGCCCUAGUUUGCAAAACGAAAGAAAA